AUGUCCAUCCUUGCAGCACUUGCCAAACUUGUUCUUGUCCUCGCCGCCGGGUCAGAGGUGCUGGCGUUGCCCACAACUCGUUCCCAGCAGCUCGUCACCCGAACCACCAACCCGACAGUCAGCGAGUCGAAUCUCGCUGCCAUCUCCCUCGACCCCAAUUAUCAACGUGAUUCGUGUGUCAGUGCCACAUCCCUGAUCAACGGCCGAGUCCUAUGGGUAUGCAGAGACACUCAGGUUCUUGUAGACGAGUCGAUCGAUGACGAGUUCAACGGUCAAGCGGGAGACUUUGUCAGUUCCAGCGCCAGCUGGUCUGACCAGCUCGGCACUCAGCCUCACCUCGUGCCUAUCCCGUCCAACCAAGGUCAGCAGCAGGCUACCAGUGGUUACCCGGCGCAGUUGACCAUGUAUGGAGGCGACACUACCAGCACCUCUUUCCUCCCUUACGCCAGCGAUGAAUGCGAUCAAAAUGGAAACCAAGCUGGAACGGGUGGUACAUGUGCUUCUGACGGCACUCGAUAUCCCCUCUGGAUUGAUUCUCCUCCAUACGUAUACCAAGGCAGCGAUGGCUCCGCUACUGCCUACGUUUACAUGAUGCGAACACACAUUCAGGGACUGACCAACCUUGCUUCCACCUUCCCUACGUCUCUGUACCAGAUCAAUUACGAUUCAAGCAGCAGUUCGAACUCGUUGCCAUCCGUCGAGCUCAUCAACGAGUACUGGUUCCCUGACGGCGUUUUCAACUAUGGCGACUUUGGAGGUAUCACUGGCACACUCGAUGGGAAGCUCUACCUUUACGGUCAAGGCCUAUCUAAGAGCAACAACGGACACCAACCCGUCGCGCUCGCCCGUUGCUCCAAUCCAACCGAUCUGUCCACCUAUGAGUACUACUACAACGACGGUACAUGGUCCACCACACAGGCCCAGGUCGACGACCAGAGUGCUUGGUUGGACGGAGAGUUCGGCAAAGGUGGCACUUUCUUCUACUCGGACUACACCAACAGCUACCUCUGGAUUGGGCAACCCACGGGUGCCAUCGGAGCCACCGUCAUGGUCUCCUCCGCCAGCAGUCCAGAAGGACCUUGGUCCACACCUACUCAGAUCGCCAAUUUACCCAGUGGGGACAGUUAUGCCUACAGCGUAGCAGCUCAUCCGGAGAUGUCCUCUAACAGCCAGCAGAUUUACCUGACCUAUACGCUGCAAAAAUUCUACGAUGGCAACUCAAACGACAUUUACUAUGAGCAGCCAUUGUACAUGUUCACUUGGGAUUAG